UAAGUCUUCUUUCUGUCAUACAUACUGCAUGAAUGAUUAUUGCGUUUUACAAAGUAAGUACAAGGAAGUUUGCGAAAGUUGCGAGCAAAGAUCGAGCUGGAUCGAGCAGUUGGUCGGUGAGAGAGAAAUGUCCGUUUUCGCGUAAUGUGAUAUACAAGUUAAUUUGUUUUUGAAAAUAUUUUCUCAAAUAUCAUCUGGGAACAUGGAGCACGUUGAACAUUCGAGUUAUUUCCAAAUGAUUUGGACCCCAGUAGCUUCUGUGGGAUGGUAUCUUGUAGGAUUUGCGAUUAUCGCGAUUUACGCGUUUCCACAUAUUCAGGAGAGGUACAAAAAGUGGCUGGCGAAAAACCAAACAAAUGAUGCAUUUACCAAAAAAAUAGACGAUCUGCCACAGAUGUCUGCUAAUGUAGAGCUGGCACGACAGAAAAUGCAAGAAGCAUAUGCUAAAAGUGCUGCUUUAGCCAAAAUUAAACAGGAAGAGGAACAAGAGAAAAAAAGACAGAAAGUCAUCAAAUUAUUGGAAAAUAAAAAAGUAGGUGAAAGACUAGGUUCUUUGUCUGAUAAUGAACAACCUGGCACGUCAAGUGGCAAGUCAAAAUCAUUCAAAUCAGAAUAUAAUCCUUUAAUGGGUGACAGUACUCGAGGAUAUCGUCCGCCAAAACGUUCUUGCUGUAAGAAGGGUGGGUGUGGUUAAUUUUAUCAAUUUUGCAGAAAUAUAUAAAACAUUCACAUUCUUAUAAAGACAAUUCCAAGUUGCAAAGAUAACACAUGAAAGAAAAAAAUUUACAGACUGUAAUGUUUGCUUCAUAUAAUAAUAAAUUGUGACAAUUAAAAUAUA